CAUCCAAUCAGGUGUAGCUCUACCUAUUGUAGCUUUACACGUACAGAGUGGUUUCACGCCGCUAUUUAAAGAGCUUCUUCGUUGGACAAAGCUUCAUUCAACAAAAUGCAAGCUGCUAUGGAUAUAUCGGCAAAAUAUUGCCAAAAAGAACUGGAGGCUUAUGGGUCUUGUGUAGCUUCAAACCCAUCGAAAUGGCAGCAAAAGUGUCAUGAACUAAAAGCGAAGGUCGCAAAUUGUACAUCCUCACAUCCAGUGAUCCAGAAGAUCAGGAAAGACUGUUCCCAUGAGUUUGUGAAAUUUGAACAAUGCCUGGCUGAAAACCAGGAUGCACCUACCUCUUGUUCAGCUCACAUCUCUCGCUUUCUGGGCUGYGCAGAAACAGUGGACCUCAGCGGAGUAUCCAAAAAUCCAUCAUCAUAGAGUCAACAUAUUGUAUCUUUAGAUCUUAUCUUUGUCCUCAGCAAUACAGAAUGGAUAAUUUUACAUCCAGCGACUCCAUCAUGUCAUUGUAUGUACAGUUAAUGUUUAAAUACCUGUUCUUAAGAAGUCCAUAUGUAACUAAAAAAUUAUAAGAACUAAAGGGUUUAAGAUUUUAGUGGAAUUUGUACUUUGUCAUUCUGUUCUAUUAAGCAUCAUUGAAAUGGAAUUUUUGUACUUUCCUUUUUAAUAAUAAAGUAUGGUUUGCUCAUU